CCGCUCAGUGCUGGAGGAAAUUAUUUAACGAAACACAGGAAGAAGCGCACCGGCAAUGCACACACAGGGAGGGAAUACAGAGCAAAGCGAGCGGAAACCAAUUAUGGGUAAACAGCAUGCUGGAAAUGAAUAUUGACGUUCCUGUAAAGCAAUAAUGGAAAACGUUUUAUUAGAAGACGAGGAUGACUGUCCGGAGCUGGUUGCUAUUGUGCAGUCCGAUCAAAUACCAGUGACUAUAAUUACAGGAUAUUUAGGUGCUGGAAAGACAACUCUUUUGAAUUACAUAUUGACAGAGCAGCACAACAAGAGGAUUGCAGUUAUUCUGAAUGAAUUUGGGGAAGGAAGUGCCCUGGAGAAAUCAUUAGCAAUAAGCCAAGCAGGAGAACUUUAUGAAGAGUGGCUGGAGCUCAGAAAUGGCUGUCUUUGCUGUUCUGUAAAGGACAAUGGACUGAAAGCAAUUGAGAACCUUAUGCAGAAGAAGGGUAAAUUUGACUAUAUUCUAUUGGAAACCACUGGGCUAGCAGACCCAGGAGCUGUGGCCUCUAUGUUUUGGGUUGAUGCUGAACUGGGAAGUGAUAUUUACCUUGAUGGCAUUGUAACAGUUAUAGAUGCAAAAUAUGGCAUGCAGCAUUUAACAGAAGUAAAACCAGACGGACUUAUCAAUGAAGCAGAAAGGCAGGUUGCACUGGCAGAUCUUGCUAUCAUCAAUAAAACAGACUUGGUGGAAGAGGAAGUGCUGAAUCAGCUGAAGGAAGUUGUCCGAUCAAUAAAUGGGCUUGUCAGAAUUGAAGAAACACAGAAGUCAAGGGUUGACCUCUCCAGUGUAUUAGAUCUGCACGCAUUUGAUAGUAAAAAUGGAGCCAGUUUGCAGGAAAAGCUGCAUCAUGUGAAAACAACACUACCGCAUCUAGACAAGAGUAUCAUUACUGUUACAUUUGAAGUACCAGGGAGCAUUUCAGAAGAACGUUUAAAUGUGUUUAUUCAGAACCUUCUGUGGGAAAAGAAUGUUAAAGACAAAACAGGCAGCGCAAUGAAUGUGAUACGACUUAAGGGGCUAGUAUCAGUAAAGGAUAAACCACAGCAGAUAAUCAUCCAGGGCGUUCAUGAGCUGUAUGAUCUUGAGGAGACUCGAGUGGCAUGGGAUGCUGGAGAACAAAGAACAAACAGACUGGUAUUUAUAGGCAAACAUCUGGAUAAAGAUGUCCUAGAGCAACUGUUUAUUGCAACGGUGCUAAACCAAGAAGAUAGUGGUUAAAGACAACAUUCCCUGUUGAUUCUCAUUUAAGAUUUUAUUUAGAAUUCCAAUAAAAAAAAAAAAAAACAUACAUAUGUGUUUUCUUCUAUAAAUAUUGCCUUUAUGUAAUACAUUAAACAAAUUCAUUUGAAAUUAUGCGAGAGUUGAAUCAGUAAAGAAAAAGUCAUAGUGUGUCUCUUAGCUGUUCAUUAUAGGUUGUCAAAUGAACUACAGUUUACAGGAAUAAAUAAUACGUCAUCCUUGUAAGCCAUUGUUAACAUCCAUACAGAGCCUCAUGAGUCGCUAACUCUUAACAAAGGUCUGCUAGUGUGAACAAAAACCCCACCCCAUCGCAGUUCCAUAUAAAAUGCCUGGGGCUGUAUAACCACCUCACUAUGUCCAUUACUACCAGUUAAGUACCUUGCUUGUUUUUUUUUUCAUUUAUAACUGAUGUUUCUUUUUAUACUUUAGUUAGUACAAGUUUUGUAAAAUUAAAAUGCUAACAAACAUAAAACAGCGAAUACAGAAAAAAACUUUACAGAACCUGAUGCCUUUUUUUUUUUUUUAAUAUAAAGGCAGUGAAGAAAUUUAAAACCGCACAUUCACAGACCCAGUGUUUGCUAAACUGUCAUCUUAAAUACAAACUGAUGGUAAUCUUAA